AUGCAAGUAAUCAAGCCUCAAAAGCGAGUGAGUAGUGAAUGGUUGUGGCAGUUUCAGGAUGGUGACCGUUUUAUUGAUGUAUUCGACAGUCCCAGCGAUACAUGGUUAAUCUUUGGAGUAUUUUAUUUAGACAAAUUUGAUAACGACCCUCAUUCAAAACUUGAGAAGCUUCUAAAUCAAUUAAAUGAUGAAAUCUGCAUCUGGAAUCAUAAAUACCCCUGGUCUGAAUUUAACGGUAUUAGUUUACAAUUGGACAAAACCGCCCAAGGUGUACCUUUCAUAUUGGGACAGAUAUGUGUUGAAGAUAACGUGGUAGAAGAGGAAGCGAUAGUUGUGGCCUUGCUUCAAAAGUUUACAUCAAAAUGUGGGAUGCCACAAGUUUUCGUCAAAGUUUGUGAUACUGAUGGUGAUUUCCUUCUGGCAGAGGCUAGUGACACUAUUCCCGAAGAUUACGAAUAUCCAGUGUCCAUAAAUCGAUUAUGGAUUCAUGAAGGUAAAUUCAAAUUGAUUCCCAAGGAAUAUUACGAGCAUCGUGGGCUGAACCAUGAGGAAGCAUUGAAGUUUUUAAGAAACAAUUACUACAAAUUGAUAGUAAUCGAUGGAAUUCAGCGUAAGAUUUCCCAAGGAAUUACUAAUAAAUACCCAGAAGGUUUUUUAGAUAAUCUGGUGAAAUUACCACUGGUAUUCGAAGACAGUCAGGCUCUAAGCAUUACAAAUGCCAACCCUCGAAUAAUAAGCUUUGCACUGAAAAAUCUCAUAACUGAGGAAAUUGAAGUUAACAAAGAAGUAAGUCAAGUUAACGACGGUCAACGGAAAGAAUUCUUAGUUCCAAGAAGGUUUGUUGAUCUGCUUUCGCUGUUUCUUGAUUCCAAAGGUUUAAAGAAGAGCCCCGAUCAUAUACCUCUGUAUUGUGGGAGAGCGGUAGCAAGUGUAAUCAAUUCUCUGUUGCGAAGUUCUAUCAUCAAUGUAAAUUCCAAUGCUGGAUCUUUGCCAGGUAAUAAUACUGGUUACUUCGACUCACAUAAAUUUCAAAUGGCAUCAUUAAAUGAACCCUUUAAAAUGGAUUAUAAUAACGAUAAUGUUGAAAACAUUGUAGAAAGACUUGGCGAAUUCUUCAAGCAAGGUAACGAUAGGAAGACUUCAAGUGACCAUGAGCAGGAAGUUCAGCAGGAUUCUGAUGAUGAUGAUGAGAAGGCAAGACAAUUUUUCAGAGAUGAGAAUGUAGACAUUGAUGAAGACGAUUUUUUUGAAUUUUUUCUGGCUGAUGCCCUAAAAAUGAAUAAAGACAAUAUUGAAGCAUUACGAUCUCAGGAGGAACAAAAUGAAUCUAGUACAUCUUCUGAAAAUCCAGGCUCAUUAGACGGAUAUGAAGAGCUACUUGCUGAUGGCGACGGCCUUGAAGGUCUUUCGCCAUCAGCGUUGGGUGACUUACUAAAGGCAUUGGCGAUUGAUGGCGCUACGGAAGGACCUUUACAGACUAUACUUAGAAACGCUGCUGGACAUCAAAACGAUGAAUUAUAA